ACUUUUAGAGAUAUUCUUGAUUCGAUUCGUUUUAUUUGGAUAUCAUUUAAGGUGUCUGUAUAUACACCUUAAAUGAGAAGUUUGCUGUAGAAGUAAAUGGCAAUACAGUAAUUAGAAACUGGAUAUCCGCUGUAAAUGGUUUAUGGAAAUCAACACAUCCCAUCCUUUACUUGACGAGCACGUCGAAUAACAUAUAUUUAAAGAAUGACCAAGAGAGAAAAAAGCAAAGAGGAAUGAAAAGCGAACAAACAAUGGCGACGCGAUUAGCCAGCGGCGGAGAUACGAUGGCGGUGGAGCAUUCAUCAUCGAACCAAACGAAUCCGACUCUGUACAACAAGCUGAAAGAAACCGUCUUCAUGACCGCAUUCGGCGGUGUCUAUGGAGCUGUUUCAGGCGGUAUAGUAGGAAUGGUCAUCAUGGCCCCAAUAGCCCGGCGUUACCCUCAAGUCCUAGCCCCACUGAGUCGGACUCAGUACGCUCGUCGGUUUGCUCGGGAGAAUUCGGCUUUAUCCGCUGCAAUGUGGGGAAUUGAAUCCAUAAUGCUUGGAAUCAGAGGCAAAGAUGAUCUUACAAAUAGUUUGGUCUCAGGAUCAGGUGCUGGCUUGGCAUACUCUUUUGUGAGACAUGACUUGAAAGUAAAGCCUGCACAUGCACUCUCCUGGGCUGCUUAUUUGGCUGUUUUGUGUGGGACAAUGUAUAAGGUGAUUGGUUGUGAUACUUAUGAUGAGGCCAAUCCUCUAGACUUAGAAACGCAAGAAGGGCCCUGUUGCAUAAAGGGCUGAGCUAUCAUCUGCUUGUAAAUAUCUGAGCCCAUGAAGAGUUGGUUCUAUCUUGUGGAUGCUUCUACAAGUAAGGGAAGAAGCUGGUUGAGCUAGGAACUGUUGCACGUGCAGCUAAUGGAGUCGCAUGGGAUGUUGGGUGACGUGGGGUGUUCUGGUUAUGGGUUUAAGUAGUGAGUAAGGGUGUGAGGGGCUUUCUUUAUCAUUUGGAUGAUCAUCAUGUUCAUGGAGAGAGAGUCUCUCAUCGUUGUUCUUUCUCUGUAAACUCUUGUCAUUCAAUAAGAAAUAUCCUUUUACUUAUUACAGAUCCACUGAUUGUUAGUUUGCUCAUACAACCCAUAACAGAUUGUUCAUUAAUCAAUACAAAGAGUUAUAUCUUCGUCUUGCUUCACACGGUUUUUGAAGAGCACGUCGGGUGAAUGAAACAAACAUAUCUCGCAAUGCCCAAAAUGCCUUUUACACAGAAGCUAGGCCUUGAGGAAUACGAGAAGAGCUUCAAAAAGAGCCGGGACAUCUCACUGAUUGCACCUUGCCAUUGCGCACUGAUAGGUUAUACAUACAUCUCCUUCAAGCUUGAGUUUAUUAUGUAGCAACCAACUAUAAACCAAUCCUCUUUCUGAUGAAUUCUUUAAUCCAGUGACCUACAAUAAGUGAACAUACUCCGUUAACAAUUUUGUAUGUCUUUCCGCUCCCAUAAAUUUCGGUUUCCUGUAAAAUUUGAUCCGUAUAUUUCCUAACAGAUUUUUUGUCACGUAACAAAGUGAACGACUGUCGUGAGAGAGGCUUCGUAAAGAUGUCGGCAGGCUGUUGUGCAGACGGCAUGUUAUAUCCCCUCUCUACGUCAUAUACACAACCAAGUCUAAACACCAUUCUUUAAUUUUUAAUUCCUCUUUUUUUUUUUUUUUCUGGUUGCAAAUUUCCCAAUUAUUUUUAAUCAAAUAGUAAACACACUAGGUUAAAAUCCGCGUAAUUACGCGGGAUAAAAAUAAUUUUAAUAUAUUAUUGUUUAUCAAAACUUUCCAAAAUAUUAGUUUUUAAGAAAAUUAUUUAAAAAUAUAUCAUAUUGAUGAAAUAUUAUGAAAAAUAUCCAUCUAUCCACAAAUAUUCUUGUUAUCUUAAUUUCUAA